AUGACAAAAUUCCGUCCUUGUAUUGACCUUCACUCCGGUCAAGUGAAACAAAUAGUGGGCGGCACAUUGACCACAGUGGACAGCGAAUUGAAGACAAACUAUAUAUCCAAGCUACCCGCAAGUCACUAUGCAGAUUUGUACAAGCAACAUGACCUCCGCGGUGGCCAUGUUGUAAUGCUUGGUCCGGGGAAUACUGAAGCGGCAAAAGAGGCCUUAAAGGCAUGGCCUAAUGGGCUGCAGGUUGCUGGGGGUAUUACAGACCAAAAUGCAUCGUACUGGAUUGAGCAAGGGGCCGAGAAGGUUAUAAUCACAUCCUUCCUCUUCCCAGAAGGCAAAUUCUCCCUCGACAGACUCAAGUCAGUCCUCUCAUCACUGGGAAACGACACCUCAAAACUGGUUCUUGACCUGAGCUGUCGAAAGAAGGGAAACACAUGGUUCGUCGCCAUGAACCGGUGGCAGACCAUCACAGAAAUGGAAAUAACGCAAGAGUCAAUAUCAAUGCUAGAACCAUACUGCUCUGAAUUUUUGAUUCAUGCCGCCGACGUGGAAGGAUUGCAACAAGGUGUCGACGAAGAAUUGGUUGCGAAACUGGCUGAAUGGUGCUCGAUACCGGUCACGUAUGCCGGAGGAGCGAGGCACUUGCAGGAUCUUGAGAAGGUUCAUGUGAGUAGUGGUGGGAAGGUUGAUCUAACUAUUGGGAGUGCUUUGGACAUAUUUGGUGGUUCGGGGGUGACGUUUGAUGAGUGUAUAGAGUGGAACAAAAGUCAUUAA